AUUUUAUAUGUUUUAAUCUAAGUUAUACGUCUUAACAUCUUAAAUCUACAAGGAAUGAUUUCGACGUCGUAAUACAAAAUUGAAAUGUUUUAGGCAGACAAAAUCUGUACGGCAUAUAAUGAAACUUAUUUAUGAUGUCUCUAACAAAGAUUUUUUGGACUCCCAUUAAAUUUUUUAAGAAGGAUGUCAUAAGUUUUCUUGUUAUUAGACGACACGAUUUGGGUGUCACCGAGGAAAAGCUCCGUUACAUAGCUCUGAAACCUACUGCAUCCAUGUCAAUGCUUCGACAAAAAGUAUGGCAUCUGCUCGAUUUGCCUGAUUACUGUGAAGAAAUAAUCAUAUUGAAAUGCAACAAUGACGUUGAAAUACCCUUGACGGAAUUACGUAAAGGCAACGAUCCACAGCAUCCGUAUUUGUUGGAGGUUUGGUUACCUAGAUCACGACUGCAAUCGUUAACUAUGGUACAUAACAAUAUGCUCACGAUGGGUGAAACAAAUCAUGUUGAAGAACACAUUAUUACCAAAGAAAAUUCUACUGAUAAUCAAGAACUUACAAAUUGUGUCAACAAUAUAAAUGGAAAUUCCUCUAUAUUCGUCGAGACAAUAGCGUUAAACAACCAGUGUAUGAUGGAUAACAAAAGAGCAGCUUUCUUUCGUAAUGACUACAAAAAGUCCGACCUAUCUUGUCGAAUCUCCAGUAAUUCCUUAUUCCGACUCCACAAAAAUAAGAGCCGAGACAGCUUUACCAACAUUUUGCUGAAAAUUCAAAGCGAUCUAUCCACACUGAGCAGCAAAUUGUCUAAUUUAGAAACUAGAAUACAAGCGUGAAAUUCCAUAUUUAUGGAUUCAACAACAAAACAUAAUUUUAUUAGCGUGGGAUAUGUACUUAAAUUAAA